CACAAACCACACAAUAACAAGAUCAAAAUGUCAAAGCCCGCCAUUGGAUUCGUCGGCCUUGGAGCCAUGGGCUUCGGCAUGGCCACCCACCUCGUCUCGCAAGGCUACGCCGUCCACGGAUUCGACGUCUUCCCGGCCUCUGUGCAACGCUUCCAAACGGCCGGAGGCAUCCCCGCCGCGUCGCUGCAGGAGUCCGCUGAGGGGAAGUCGUUCUACGUCUGUAUGGUUGCCUCCGCGCCGCAAGUGCAGUCCGUUCUGUUUGCCGAUGAUGGCAUUGUGCAGCACCUCCCUCAGAACGCCACUCUCCUGCUCUGCUCCACCGUCGCUGCAUCCUACGCCCAAUCCGUCGCCGCGGAGCUCCAGACCCGCGGCCGGUCGGAUAUCCACUUCAUCGACUGUCCCGUCUCGGGUGGCGCCAAACGCGCCGCCGACGGAACCCUCUCCAUCAUGGCCGGGGGGUCGGACGAGGCGCUCCAGAGCGGUCGAGACCUUCUCCAGACUCUCUCCGCCGAGAGCAAACUCUACCUGGUCCCGGGGGGCGUGGGUGCCGGCAGCAACAUGAAGAUGGUGCAUCAGAUCCUCGCAGCCAUUCACAUCCUCGGCGCCAGCGAGGCCCAAGGUCUCGCGGCCCAUCUGGGCCUGGAGGCCCGCGAUACAGCCAGUCGGAUCAUGUCGUCCGAGGCUUGGACAUGGAUGCAUGAGAACCGGUUUCCGCGGAUGGUCGACGAAGACUGGAACCCGGGUGCUAGUGCGCUGACCAUUAUCCUGAAGGAUGUCGGCAUCAUCACCUCGCAAGCCCGCCAGCACAACUUCCCCACGCCUCUCUGCUCCACCGCCGAACAAACAUACCUCGCCGCCUUGUUACACGGCUACCGCCCCAAAGACGACUCCGCCAUGGUGCGCCAAUACUACGCCUCGCCCAUUGCUGACGUGCAGGCCACCGGGCAACCGCAAACGACCGAAUCCCUGCAACUCGUACUUGACCUUAUGCUGGGCAUCAACCUGGUCGCGGCCGCAGAAGCCGUCUCCCUCGCGCGAUACCUAAACGUCGACAUGGCGCAGUUCUACCGAUUGGUCAGCGACGCUGCGGGCGCCAGCAAAGUGUUUGUCGGCCGCGGAUUGGAGAUGAUCGAGGGGAAGAUCGGGGCCCAGGCACCCGGGGGGUCGCAGACAGUGGACGAGGCUAUUGGCAGGCUGGAGAAUGUGGUGCAGAAGGCGAGGGAUCUGUACGUGCCGCUGCAUUUGGCGAAUGCGGCGUUGAACAUGUUGCUGGUGGCGAAGAGGGCUGGGUUUGGGGGCGAGGCCAGUACGAGUGUGAUUAGGGCUUAUGGGUAUGAGGGUUAAUUUGUUCUUUUGGAUUUGAUUUUGCGAUGUAUCGAUGAGAUUGAUGAGAAUGCAUUUUACUGAUCC